UGCAAUUCCUCGUUUUACGAACGAACCCUGGGCACAGGCACCUCCUGAGUGCCGCGGUCACCACCGAGAGGCUGCACCACCCUCAUCUUCUCUGAUAAUUUGCGAUAAGCUUCAAUUGACAGCACCCGAAGGACUCCAAGGCACCCGGCGAAGACCGGACUCAGGGCUUUAUGUUUACCGAAGACAGGCUGGAGAGGAAGCCGGAGCCAUGGGUUUCUCUUUUCAGCCUUUGAUGAACUGAACUAAGCUGGACUCACAGGACUCAGCCAAUCAGUCCCUACCUGCAGUGGGGGCUCCCCUCUCCCCAUCGCACUCUAUAGCUAUGGCAGGCUUCAAGCGGGGCUAUGAUGGCAAGAUCGCUGGCCUGUAUGACCUUGACAAGACGCUGGGCCGCGGCCACUUUGCUGUGGUCAAGCUGGCACGCCAUGUCUUCACCGGGGAGAAAGUGGCGGUGAAGGUGAUCGACAAGACUAAGCUGGACACUGUGGCCACGGGUCACCUCUUCCAGGAAGUCCGCUGCAUGAAGCUGGUCCAACAUCCCAACAUUGUGCGCCUGUAUGAAGUGAUAGACACUCAGACCAAACUUUACCUCAUCUUGGAGCUAGGUGAUGGAGGGGAUAUGUUUGACUACAUUAUGAAACAUGAGGAGGGUCUGAACGAAGAGCUGGCCAAGAAAUAUUUUGCCCAGAUUGUCCAUGCUAUUUCCUACUGCCAUCGGCUGCACGUGGUGCACAGGGACCUCAAACCGGAGAAUGUGGUGUUUUUCGAGAAACAAGGGCUGGUCAAGCUCACUGACUUUGGAUUCAGUAACAAGUUUCAGCCGGGGAAAAAGCUGACAACCAGUUGUGGAUCUCUGGCAUACUCUGCACCAGAAAUACUGUUGGGCGAUGAGUAUGAUGCUCCGGCCGUAGAUAUCUGGAGUCUGGGUGUGAUCCUGUUCAUGUUGGUGUGUGGCCAGCCGCCCUUCCAGGAAGCUAACGACAGCGAGACGCUCACCAUGAUCAUGGACUGUAAAUACACCGUACCGGCCCACGUCUCCAGCGCCUGCAAAGAUCUUAUAGACCGGAUGCUUCAAAGGGACCCCAAGCAGCGAGCAUCCCUGGAUGAAAUCGAGACACACACUUGGCUGCAGGGGGUUGACCCAUCCCCAGCCACCAAAUACAACACUCCCCUGGUCUCCCACAAGAACCUGUCCGAAGAGGAACACAACAGCAUCAUCCAGCGCAUGGUGCUGGGAGAUAUUGCUGACCGAGAAGCCAUAGUCGAAGCCCUGGAGACCAACAAGUACAACCACAUCACAGCCACCUACUACCUGCUGGCAGAGAGGAUCCUGAGGGAGAAGCAGGAGAAGGAGGUCCAGACCCGCUCGUCCAGCCCCAGCAACAUCAAGGCCCAGUUCAGGCAGUCCUGGCCCACCAGAGUGGACAUGCACCAGGACAUCGAGGACAGCUUGGCGGCGUCCUCCAUCUCCCAUGCUGGAGGCCCCCAGUCCCCGGCUCGCAGCGCCGAGAACCUGCUGAACGGACACCGCUCCAAAGGCCUGAUGGAGCUGGGCCGGCGGGAGGAGACGGUGACGGACUCUCUGGGUCUGCCGGCUCAGGGAGCCUGUGCUGCCGCCUCGGGCCCCGCUCUUGGCUCUGGUUCUGGGACCAUCAGGGCCCCCAGUCCCUCCACCUCAGGAUCAGCCAAGCAGCGAACCUGCCUGUUCAGGGUGGAGGAGGAUGAGGAGGAGGAGGAAGAGCAGGACCCAUCUCCCCUCCCGACCCAGGUGAUCUUGCGGCGUAAGCCCCCCUCCGUCACCAAUCGCCUCACAUCCAGGAAGAGCGCACCGGUGCUGAACCAGAUCUUUGAGGAGGAGGGGGAGUCGGACGACGACUUCGACAUGGACGAGGGUCUGCCGCCCAAACUCAGCCGCCUUAAGAUGAACAUGGCCGGAAACGCCACCAGCCUGAACUCGGGGGCCAGCUCCUCCUCAUCCCCGGGGUCCACGCAGAAGCGCUACCACCGGCGUAAGAGCCAGGGGAGGGGGUCGUCGUGCUCCAGCUCUGAGACGAGCGACGACGACUCAGAGAGCCACCGGAGACGUCUGGACAAAGACUCGGGCUUCGGUUACGGCUGGAACAGACGGGACAGCAGCGAGGGCCCCCCCGGCAGCUCGGGAGGCAACGGGGGAGGCAGCAGCUCAGGGCAGGGGAAGCCUCCCGGAGAGGGCGGAGGUUCCUCCGGUCCAGACCGGAGUCCUCCUGGAGGGGGUGGGAAUGGAGGUGGAGGGGUGGCGGGGAGUGGAGGAGGGAAUGGGGGAGGAGGAGGGGGUAACAAAGGACAGGACAGCCCCUCAAGUUGUUGUAACAACAGUAGCACCACUAACCCCACCCUCAGCACUCUGUCGCGCUCCGCCCGCUCGGCGAGCCGCAGCACCGAGCUGGUGGAGAGUCUGAAGCUCAUGAGCCUGUGCCUCAGCUCGCAGCUGCAGCACCACCGCGGGGGGCGGGGGGGCCGAGGGGGUGUGGAGGGAGGAGGUGGUGAGGGGAAGUUAAUCAUAGACCCUCGCAGUCUCUCAGGCGGGAGUGUGAAAAUCCAGGAGAAGUCCGCCUGGAGGAUGUGCAUCAGCUCCUCGGCGAGCCUAGACACCAUCACCCUGCCCACCACUGCCGCCCUGCCUCGCACCCACUCCGCCCAGCACCACCACCGCAAAACGGCGCCGCACAACCCCCCCGGCCUGCGGUCGGGGCCGGGCGACAGGAACGCUCACAGCAACCUGAGCACUUUGAAAAACGGCAUGCUCCAACUACCUCUCUGUGAGAAGACCAUCUCUGUGAACAUCCAGCGCGGUGGAGGCUCCAGGGACGGUCUGCUCUGUACCUCCGCCCCCGCCAGCUGCUGCCAGGUGAUCUGA